CGGCGCGACAACGCCGGGACUUGUACACCCGAGGUCGACGCAGCCGGUGCCUCCGGGGGACCCAGCUACCGCGCGCCCCGAGAUCGUAACCGCCGCGCCCCCUCCCUGCGGGGCGGAGCUAGCGCCAGUCCCGCCCCUUCGUCCCAAGAACUCCCGCCAGCGCGCCCCCCGGCCCAACUGCAGCGCGUGACGCGGGGCGCGCGGCUCCGGCGGCCACCGUGGGCGGGCGCAGACUGCCCGGGCGGCCGGGAGCGGCGGCAUGGCGGCGGCGGGGUCGGCGGGGCCCGAGCCCAUGCCGAGCUACGCGCAGCUGGUGCAGCGCGGCUGGGGCAGCGCGCUGGCGGCGGCUCGGGGCUGCGCGGACUGCGGCUGGGGGCUUGCUCGCCGCGGCCUGGCCGAGCACGCGCACCUGGCGCCGCCCGAGCUGCUGCUGCUGGCCCUCGGCGCGCUCGGCUGGACCGUGCUGCGCUCGGCGGCCACCUCGCGCCUCUUUCGGCCCCUAGCCAAGCGGUGCCGCCUCCAGCCUAGAGAUGCCGCCAAGAUGCCUGAGAGCGCCUGGAAGUUUCUCUUCUACCUGGGCGCCUGGAGCUACAGCACCUACCUGCUCUUCGGCACUGACUACCCCUUCUUUCACGACCCACCCUCCGUCUUCUAUGACUGGAAGACGGGCAUGGCAGUGCCACGGGACAUUGCAGUGGCCUACCUACUACAGGGAAGCUUCUACGGCCAUUCCAUCUACGCCACGCUGUACCUGGAUGCUUGGCGCAAGGACUCAGUGGUCAUGCUUGUCCACCACGUGGUCACCUUGGUCCUCAUUGUCUCCUCUUACGCCUUCCGGUACCACAAGGUGGGCAUUCUUGUGCUCUUCUUGCAUGACAUCAGCGACGUGCAGCUGGAGUUCACCAAGCUCAAUGUCUACUUCAAGUCCCGCGGAGGCGCCCACCAGAGGCUGCACGCCCUGGCCGCCGACCUGGGCUGCCUCAGCUUCUGUCUCAGCUGGUUCUGGUUCCGCCUCUACUGGUUCCCGCUCAAGGUCCUGUACGCCACGAGCUACUGCAGCCUGCGGUCGGUGCCUGACAUCCCCUUCUACUUCUUCUUCAACGUGCUCCUGCUGCUGCUCACCCUCAUGAACCUCUACUGGUUCCUGUACAUCGUGGCUUUUGCCGCCAAAGUGCUGACGGGCCAGGUGCGGGAGCUGAAGGAUGUGCGGGAAUAUGACACGGCAGAGGCCCCGAGCCCCAAGCCCCGCAAAGCUGAGAAGCCGCUGAGGAAUGGCCUGGUUAAGGACAAACGCUUCUGAACUCCUCCACCCCGGCCUCGCCGCCCAGGACCCAGUCCCACCCAACCUCCCCCUCGGAGACCAGCCAGGCGGCUCCCCAACCCGCCCCAGGGACCCUAACCCUACCAGGCUCCGCUCCCUCUCCAACCCACUCCUCCUCGGCCACUCCC